AUGACACAGCUUCGUACCCAGAAUCCAGCUCCCUACGGCGCCGGCAUCGACAAAGCUCACCCAGACCUCUGCGACAUCUUCAACUGGGACAAGCUAAAGCGCGGUGUUCGUUGCCCAAACUCGAAGCCCUGCAAAUGGAAGCAGGAGUACGUCAAUGCUGGCAAGUCCAGAGGUGGAAACAACUGUCAUAAGGAUGAAAGCAAGCGCACCGACGUGGACGCCAUCACCUUUGCAGAUCGAGACUGGUACUUCUAUUCUUAG